CCUUAUAAUACUCUUUAGUAAAUUUAGCAUACUGAUCUAUUCCUAGACGUUGUUGAUAGUUUGCGCAUUGCUAUGGGAACUUUCAGACAACUUGCAAAAGACGAUCCGCAAAGACCGCAAGUCUUAACAGACCUACGGGCCCGCUUCGCAGCUUUGUCAAUCAGUCUCUAAAGUGCGCUUGACAAAUACGAGAAUCUCCUUUCAGCGGUACACACAGAUGUUGAUGAAAUGCCAAGCCAUGGAGGUUGGAAGGAUGCCGUUUGUAGCAGACUGACUAGAGACAAACAUAUUUGCACGUCUUCGUGGGGCGAUUUGUAUUUAGAUAUAAUCUCGACGCGGAGAUGGAGCAUCGAAGUUUCAGUGGUAGGACAAGCAUAGUAUAUAAGCACGAUAGGAGAUCGGAGAACCGAAGUUUCAGUGGUUGGACAA